CUAAUAAUAAUGGUCGAAUGUCCUGCUCGUACCGGUGCGUAAAAAGUGCGAGUACCCGUUUCGUUUUGAAAGAAAUCUCGUACCACUUUUUCUGUGUUGUUGUCAUUUUGUAUGAAUCAUGCCGAAGAUAGUUGUUUAGAUUCUAGUGGGCUAUCGCAUUACUCAUAAGCAGCAACAGCUUUCAGACAUAGAGGCAAGCACACCUGAAAAGGUCUUUUUUGCACAGCGUUGACGGAUCAAGAGCUUGAAAACACCAGGAACCACGACCACGGCGGAGAUUCUCCCGUUGCUUUCGAGACGGAGUCUGAUAUCCAUAUUGCGUGCUGCGUAGAGAGGUUGAUACAAAGAUUCAAUUUGGUCGACAAUCUUCCACUGUUCUCGCUCUAAGUUUGCAAUUUUCUUUCUAACUACAAAUCUUUAGAUUUGAAUGACGACUUUAUGACAUGGUGACACCCACUGYCUCUUCAUCCUACCUCAACAGAGGCAUCACGGGGAAUGUCUCUUCCUUUGAUAAGGAUAGCCUAAAAAGUGGAACAAAAAGUCCCAUGCAUACGGGUGGGAAAUCUAGUUCAAGCGUUGGCCAUCAUUUUCCACGGAAGAGUGUCGGUGUUACAUUGGGCAGUGAACCUAUACUUCAAGCAAGUCGCACUGGAGCGGUGUCUCCAUCUUCACAUGUAUCUCGUAAAGAAGACCAAUGGAACGUAAASCGUGAUAUUCCGGCUGGAGCAGUUCGUAAUAAUCCGUUUGCGGCAAAAGAUUCGCCACGGAAGAAAAACGCAGUACACAACUCCGCUGUGCCUAACAAGAUGAGCGUAGGAAGCAAAGGAAGGUUGGUUACGAACACCACRAGUCCUCGUGGGCUCUCCCCAAAAGCUGGAAGUUAUCUCUGGGAACAGAAACAGAACGCAACUACGAAAUCGUAUUCAGUAAACUCCGUACAAAAUUCAAAGCAACUGAAAUCUUCCAACACUCAAAACAAUGAGAAGAAAGAAGGAACGAGUACUCMAAGUAGAAGAUGGGAACCUACGCGGGAAAUUCCUAAUGGUACUGUGAAGGGUCGCAUGUCAACGUUGUUUGGGCAAAGUAAACCAACCGGAGGGAAAUYGACCCUAGUUUCCAAGUCAACUCCGCUGAAUACGUCAACCCCCCAUAAUGACAAAAGUAAGAACGUCGGAGUCCUGGACGUCGAUGGAAAUGGCGAAGACCAAUGGAUUAUACCUGAGCGCAACAAAGCAAAUACUCAAGUAUCUGCAAAUGAUUGGGGAGAGGCAGUCGUCUCCGCCAAAAGUGCGGAAUCUGAUGAUUGGGAAACCCCAGCAAAGGAAUGGAUCCGUUCUGGAGAUUCACAAACAGAAUCAUCCUUGUCAAAUAGAGCGACAAGAACAUUGUCCCAACAGAAAUCUAAUUUGGCAACACAAAAACCAUCUGAAACCGAUGAAUUGAUCGGCGACACUCCCGUUGCAGAUACGGGGAGUGCUCGAGGUUGUAAAAGUACAGAAUCUGAUGAUUGGGUCCUUCCUGCAGAAGGGUGGACCAGCAAAUCACAAACGGAACCUUUGUCGUUCAUCAGUGUAUCUAAAGCGACAUCAAACAAAAAAUCCACGUUGCAGACCAAUGUGGUGUUUGAAGCUGAUAAGAGAAACAAAGACAAUAAUGGUAGAGAUUUCACGCCUGGUAAAACUAAGGUUACUACGAUGUUACCUCCUCCUCCGAAAGACGCAAACGCUUAUCACCACCAAACUCAACUGCAGCCAUCGACGAAUGUUUCGUCGAGAGGCAGUAAGAACGACAGCGUGACUUCAGAUUCCUUUGCACCUCAGGCCUUUGAGAGCGUCUUCAAAAUGGAUUCAGUGGAAGAAAUGAAAUUUGGUGCUUCCUUUCCGACGCGGGACAGCAAUGAAGUAUUUCAACCCUCAGAUGCUGAUGCAGAUGCGUUUGGUUUUCCCCUGUCUUCGGUUCGUGAACCGGUUGGAAAUMAAACCAUCGGUGAGAUUAUCGGAGGAGAUGAAUUUUUUGAUGCCUCGGUCUCUCUUGGUUCCGAUCGACCAGCAAUCGAUAAUGAGAAGUUUGGUUUUCAUCCGUCUUUAGCCUCAACUACCAACAGUGACAGAAAUGAGAUCGAAGAUAACGACGAUAAUAACGAGUUUCAUUCUGGGAAAGGCGAGGCUAAGAAAAAGCGCAAGGGUUUUUUCAAAGGAUUAUUCGGCAGAAAAGCAAAGGAUAAGGAGAGUAGUAAGUUCAAAGAAUCAAGAAUAGGCGAAAAGAAGGUACAGAUUCGCAACGAACCCCAUCCUAGUAGCACAUAUUUCUCCGAUGUAUCGAUGAGUGCUUCUGGAGUGAAUACUCAGUCCUCUAUUAAUGGCAAAGCUCAAGCUUCCAGAUCAAUGAAUCAAAAUGGGCGACAACCAGGAACUCUACCUGCCAGCACGCCUCCCGAUUAUUCUAUUGUACGAAAUAAUGACGUCGAUACGGUGGGAGGAAAAGUUCAAGGUUUUUCAGAUGGUAAAGGAAAUGCUUUCACCGUUGACGGUUUUUCUGAAGCGGAUGGCGGUGAGAAGUCUGAGACUAAGACACCCGUGACGUCUUCUAGCAGGUCAAAACUGAUGCAUGAUGACGUUUUCGACGAUCUUGAACCAGAUAUUUUACCAUCGCCUUCGAAUGCAACGAAAGAAAAUGGAGACAAAUUCUUUGAUCCGAAGUUAGAUCACUUGGAUAUGGAAAUGAAUAGUGAAGAUGAAUCCAAUUCAACAACAGAUACUGACCUUUCGAAGUCGCAUAUACUUGAUUCAUCACUUCUCGCGCAAGGAAAGCAGAGAACGUCAAGACAWGUAUCCCGUUCAGAGGAAGAAKCAGGCCCUGGUAAGCGCAGGCUAAAAGGCGUUCCGAAAGAGAGCAGGCAAGAUACGGACAAGGCAAUGCUACGAAAUGKUGUAAGCCAAGAUAAAACUUCUAGAAAAAAUUCCGAGAUAUUUUUUGACGAAGAGACAUCUGAUAGUAAUCGAACCACGCACGAUUUAUCUGAUAUCAAUCCUGUUCGAUCGACGAUGAAGAAGAAAAGUGCAACCCAGAAGGUCAAUAUUAUGGCCUCUCGGACAAGAAUUCGUGGUACAAAUACGGGGCGGAUCACUGACACAGGUCUGGCUGGGAAAGAUUCUCAGGAGACGCAGGGAGUUCGUUCGGCGAGUCCAGCGCGAUCAAUAUUCUCAAACCAAGCUCGAAGCCAUUCYAGAGAGAGUAAAAGCCCUGUGCAAAGGAAGCCAUCCACGGUCCGUGAACUGAAAGUUUCAAAYGUUUUAAAUCAGUCGCGGAAGUAUCCCGGCGUUGAAGCGAAGGGCAGAGGAACUAAAGCGCGAGUUUCUGGUACGGACGAGAGCCAAGUCAAAGACCUUUCACGGAAUUCUGUMCCCCCUUCAAGAGUUCAUUCGUCGAUGCAYUCWCAGAAAUUGUCUAUGGUUCGUAAUAACUCUAAUUCAGGUGACACUUCAUUGUCAGGAAGCAGAUUCAGGAAAAAAUCGGUUGUUCAUAAGUUACGGAAUGAUCAGACUUCGGAUUUGCASAGAAAAAUAGGUAUCGGUCGUCACAAUGAUACUCGAUUCCCCGGMAGUAUUGGCUAUCAAAAUUCCAAUCAAGUACUGGCUAGAGCGGACCCGCAUUCAGAGUCGAUUAUGGUUGGAGGGAAAAAUAAGAUGAAGUUUUCGAAAGCUAGCAAAGCAUAUCAUACCAUUGCAAAGAAAAAUUCUAGCGAGGAUCCUGAGGAUGAAAAAGGUUAUUUGACGAUUCACUCGGCUUCAACGGGUGCCAGUGAUGCUUCGUGUUCCUCUUCAACGUACGAAAAUUAUCAGAAGAGGCUUGCAGAGAGUCUUAGGAAAUCAAAUGUUGUGACGCGAAACAAGUAUGAAUACAUCUCGUUGCAACCACGUAAUUCAUUGGAUGAUACGAGUAUUGAAUCUGAUAUUCGAGUUCUCAGGACAAUUCUUCGACGCCCAAGACUACACUACAAUAAUGAUGUUGUAAUCAAAGCAAGUCGACAAAUUGAAGGAUUCCCUACCUACGACAUCAAUAGCGCAACGGACCCCAUGCAACGAGUAGGACUACGCCUCCUUUCUUCAGCAAUAAUUCCGAUACAAACCGAGGUUCGAAGGUUUCUUGCCAUGAGACAUGCUUUAACACGAAUGUGGGCCCUGAUUGUUGUUCAAACUUAUGCACGACGCUUCUUGGCUCAAAAGCGUUACCAUAGGGCUCAGAAUUCAAUUAUUACAAUGCAGGCAGCUAUGCGCGGUCAUUUUGCAAGAAAUGACAUUAUUGAUAAACAUAUUUGUGCCAUUGAGAUCCAAAGAUUUGUUCGCGGUUAUCUUGCAACGAUGGAAGUCUACGAAGAAAUAUACAAAGUUACACUGGUGCAAAGUUUGGUUCGUAUGAAAAUUGCAAUGGAUCAUGCUGCUUACCGUAUGUCACUCAUCAUCCAGCUCCAGGCCAUUGCACGUGGGUUUCUAGUUCGUCAACAACGAGCACACCUCGACAAAUUUGCAACURUGAUUCAAUCAAGCUGGCGGUGUUUCUACAAUCGUCUUACAUACCAAUUCGAUUUAUUAGACAUCAUCAUUGUACAAAGCUUAUGGAGGAGAAMAUUGGCAAUGCGAGCAGCAGCAAGAAAAGUGGAGGAGAAGCGCAGUGCUGCUGCUACUGCUAUUCAGGCGUGUUGGAGGGCGUACGACUGUCGGAUGGACAUCCUUUGCUAUCUCUCAGCGAGAGUUAUUCAAUCUGCAGUAAGGAUGUACUUAUGUAGGUAUGAUUAUGUUGAGUACCAAGCAGCUAAAGCUAUCCAGUCAAUUGGUAGGAUGUAUUUAUGCCGGUCCGACUACGUGGAAUAUGAAGCGGCUAAAACAAUCCAAUCAAUCGGAAGAAUGCAUUUAUGUCGAUGUGAAUACGUGGAGUACCAAGCAGCGAAAGCAAUCCAAUCAGUUGGAAGGAUGUAUUUGUGCCGAUAUGACUAUGUCGAGUAUCAAGCAGCUUGCGAAAUCCAAAGCGCACUACGAAUGUACCUUUGUCGAUGCGACUUUUUGCAGUACAAGGCUGCAAGAGCUAUCCAAGCAGCAUGGAGAUGCCAUGACUAUCGAGUGGACUACCUCUUCUAUAUAUCGUCGCGAAAGAUUCAAUCUAUCGGGAGAAUGUUCGUAUGUAGAAUCAAGUACAAUAAUUACCGUGCAGCAAUGCUAAUACAGUCCAUUUCACGGAUGGUAGUGGYCAGAUCGAAGUAUGUGGAAUAUCAAGCUUCAACUCGAAUCCAGGCGGUGGUAAGGACAUUCUUGUGCAGAGCAAAAUAUGAAGAAAAAUUGGCAUAUUUGGCAUCGAGGGUAAUACAGACAAAAUGGAGAGCAUUUGUGUGCAGAAAAAUAUACAUCGAGAACUUUGCAGCUACCAUGAUCCAAGCUAAAUGGAGAUCUUAUGAUUGCUCAUCAAUGUAUAAGCGCUAUUGUUCAGCAAGAAGUAUCCAAAAAACUUGGAGGUCAUAUGAUUGUCAGAUGAACUUCCUUCACUUUCUAACUGAUAUUCUGAUCGUGCAGAGUACAAUCAGACGCUUCCUUGUGCAACGUAAAGUGAAAGCAAUGAAAAAUCAGGCCGCAACAUCAAUCCAGCGRAUGUGGCGAGGCUUUGUCUGUUUCGCUGAUUAUGAAGAGUUCAAAGCGGCAAGAAAAAUUCAGAGUACAUGGCGCGGUUUUGUCUGCGAGAGGAACUACAGAAGAGAAAAGUCAGCUGUUGUUAUCCAGAGUGCUUGGAGGGGAUUUCUCAUUUACGCAGAUUACAUGUUUGAAUUGUCUGAUAUUGUAGUAGUGCAAAAAGAGAUCCGUGGAUGGUUGGCAAGACGACAAGCCAGUCGGAAAAAAGCUAUCGCGAAGACGAAGCGAGAGCGCAUUGCGUGCACAGUCAUCCAAACAAAUUGGAGGCGGUUCUGGUGUUUCUCCAAUUUCAUGAUUACCCUUGAUUGCACCAUUCAAAUUCAAGCACAUGUGCGAGGUCAUAUCCAAAACAAAAAAUAUUCAUCUCAAAAGCAAGCCGCCCUGGCAAUUCAAUCGAACUGGAGAAAUUUCUUUGCGAAAAAGUUGGCCAGCCAACUAGCCAUCCUUCAUAACAUAACACACUCUUGUUCGCAGGUAGGAGAGAGGGAAUCUGGCGCUGCCACUAUGAUUCAACGAUUGUUUCGGGGAUCGCUUUGCAGGACUGCACUCAAAGUGCAUUUGGCUGCCGUCUUGAUCCAGUCUCGUAUCAGAGGAAAUCAAGCUCGUACAGCCGUGAGACUCUAUGUCGCAGUUCGUAAAAUUCAAGCAGCCUGGAGAGCAUUUACUCCUCGUCAAAGUUAUGUAACAUAUAUCUCUGCCCGCAGRAUACAGGCCACUUGGCGUCGUUAUAUUCCACGACAAGGGUUCGUCACUUUCGUUGCUGCCCAACGCAUCCAGAAAAAAUGGAGAUCUAUACAGGCUAAACAGAAAGUAUCGUUGUUACGAACCGAAUACCUUGCUGCCUCGUURAUCCAAAGCGUAUGGAGGGGUUUCGUGAGCUACACUGAUUUCGUUUUUACGCUUUCUGAUAUCGUGGUAGCCCAGAGGAUUGCUAGAGGAUAUCUCUCUCGAAAAAAAUWUGCUUCUGUUAUCCGAUCCAACCUGAAAAGAACAAUUGUCCAAACGAAAGGGGCAGUUGCAUUUCAAAGAAUUUACAGGGGUUUUCACGCAAGACAAAACUACUGGUACACGCUUGGAUGUACUAUGCAACUCCAGAGUUGGUGGCGUGGACGCCGAAUUUACAAUAUGAUGAAAAAGCAAGCGAAUGCUCUUUUGGUAUUACAAUGCUUCAUGCGUUGCUGUCUUGCUCGGCAAGAAUAUAUGCAACGCCGCUUUGUCUUCGUGUUAAUUCAAACAGCUGAAUUAGAGCGCUCGAAAAAGAUCAAGGCACUCAAAAUGAAGGAACAAGUCCGAGAGGAUAUGGACGAGUACCAACGAGAUAAAGCAGCAUGCGUGAUACAACGAUUCUUUUUGCAUGUGAAACACGAGACUGACGAGUUUGUCCUUGCCACGAAACGUCGCAAAAAAUGGAGAAAAGAGAUGAAGAAGGAAAGAGACUCCGAUGAUGUUGAGGAAGCCUUCCUGGAAGAUGUUUGGAUAGGAUUGGUAGCUCAAAGUAGUUUGAAUAAUGAACCAUUCACUCGCCAUUACGCAAAUUUUGGUUCCGACGAAAUAAGUGUUGCUACAAGUAAAUCGCGAAAGUAUCGGAUAGACGAUUAUGACCAACUCGAGUUUACUAAAGCUACAGGGGUAGCGGUGAGUUUCACAUCACAUCCUACAUCAUCAAUCCGAGUCAUUCCAAAGGUUGAUCCGAAUGUCGUGAACGAAGAUUUUCAGCUGGAGGAGGCUUUUAUCGAUGCGGAAAUUCGGAACGCGAAGAAGAAAAUGCUUUUUUCAGGAAACAGCAGAGGAAGGAAAGGACAUUCGAUCUCCUGUUCGAAUUUGGAUACAAGAUCACGUAAGAAAAGUAGGAGCAGAAGCUAGCGUUAGCAGUAGAAGAAAGAUUACGCGAAGCAUUGUCACCAACGCGAAGUAAGCUUCAACAGUUCAUGUUUUGUUCGAAACCAAUGACAAUCAAAUAUUCUCUUGAUGACCAAUCAUUGAAUUUUGAUACAACUUUUACGUCACGAUUUUUUGCAGGAAAUAAUUUAUUAUUUGCUUGAUGAAAAGUACGCACAUUUAAUUGGUGCAUUGUAAGAUAUAUGUAAGACAGUUGCAGAAAAAUCGGAAAUUAUUUAGUAGUAAAACUUAUUUGUUCAAAAAAAUUACUUUCUUCUACUGCAGUACAACCAGGGUUCAAAAUUUGAAUAAAUACACGUGUACUAC